UAAGGAGAUGUGUGAGAUACUCUAUAUUAGAGUAAAGGUAAAGGAAGGCGUCCACGGAGAAACUGUUGAAAUGUGCAAGUAAGACUUGGUCAGCCUUACUUGCAUAUUUUCAGGCAGUUCAUCUUCAUAAUUGUCAAAGAUGUUGGACUGGUUCUAUGUGGUAUCAGCACUUGUUGUUGUGCUGCAUCUGCUAGCAGAUUGCUGCACGCUCUAUUGCAGCAUCUUAUUGAUAAGCUUCCUAGCUUAUAUGAGGUUCAUAUAUCUUCCCGCAGAGUGUGAUCUUGUCCUUUGGUUUUAUGAACGCUUUGGCCAGCCAGUUGAAAGCCUCAAAGGACGUGUUGUGUGGAUCACCGGAGCUUCAAGUGGAAUUGGGAAAGCCCUGGCUAUUAGAUUAGCUCAAGCUGGAGCCAGGGUUGCCUUAUCUGCACGAUCAUCAGAAAGUCUCAACCAAGUCAAGGAGAUGUGUAUUAAAUCUGGAGGAGUGAAAGAAAAUGAUGUCUUGGUGCUUCCUCUAGAUAUGAUUCAAUAUGACCAACAUCAAGCAACAUUUGAUGCUGUCAUCAAACACUUUGGUGAACUGGACAUUCUUGUCAGCAAUGCUGGACGCUCACAACGUGGACGCUGGGAAAUGAUAGACAUUGAUGUGGAUCAUGAAAUAUUUGACUUGAAUGUCUUUUCACUCAUUUCACUUGCUCGCAUUGUCUCCAAAUAUUUCCUAGAGAAAGGCAGAGGUCACCUAGUUGUAACCUCAAGCACAGCAGGCAAGCUUGGGGUGCCUAUGUCAGCUUCUUACACAGGAUCUAAGCAUGCAAUCCAGGGAUAUUUUGAAUGUUUACGAACUGAGAAGGCAGGACUGGGAUUAGAUAUCACUAUUGCCUGCCCAGGUCCAGUUGAUUCCAACCUUCUCCAAGUCUGUGCUACAGAAAACAAAGGAGAGACGCUUGGACAAGAACGUAUUGGCAAGAGGAUGUCUGCUGAGCGAUGUGCUCAUUUAUAUGCAGUGUCUAUUGCUAACAAACUUCCAGAAGUGUGGAUAGCUGAUCAGCCAGUCAUCACUCUGAUGUAUCUGAGCCAGUAUUUACCAUUCUUGAUUAAAAGAGUCAUGCAGGUAAUUCCAUUGAAGCUGAUCAUGAAAUUGCGAGAUGGCAGAGAUGAUGCUGCCCAGCUCACUGGCACAGAAAAAAAGUCAUAGAAGAAUGAAAAUCUUAAAUUGAUGGACUAAAAAUUCCUGAAGAAGAAACGGAAAAUGUGAGACCUGCGGAACGUCUUGGAAGAUGAAUCAAAAUAAAUAAAGUAUGUGAUUUUUUUAUUAUACAUUUUAUAAUAUUAAAGGUCUUUAGAAAUAGUAUGUUUGCAACUAUUAUACAGUGCCAAGGAACACAAAUUUACACAUUAUUUCCUAAUUGCUUAUACCUAAAAAGUAUAGAAAAUGGCUUAUUCCCAUAAAAAUUUUCUUUUGUGACUAAGACACAUUUCCAAUAAGAAAACAUGCAAAUUUGUUUCUUAUUGUUUUAAUUGGUAUCCCUGCUGUUCAAAACGCAAAGAUAGCAGGAAAACUUGGUAAAAUUGCUUUGGAAAUCGAUCAGGAAUGCCACCAUCUUGAAGUCUUCCUGUGACCUCUCAGCCAUACUCAUCAUACUUCAAGGCAUCCAGCAGGGUCUUGAUGCUGUUGUAAUCCUCUUUGAGGUGCACCGAGUGAGUGAGGGGAAAAAAAUUGGGUGCUUGUUGCCAUCAAGGAGUUACUCAAGUUUUACUUGGUACUGAAUCAAUCUGGAAUGUUCUGGAAAGUAAAUAAAUUUCAAAACAUCACUGUCAUGGUCAUAAAAGCAAAAGUUUGUGGGGAAUAAUAACCAUUUUCUACACUAUAGAGGCAUAAGCAAUUAGUAAGAAUAAGAGAACAUAGGUUCAAACUAAGGAAAUUAGGAGGCCAAAACCAUCAAUAGUUUUCAAAGCAUUAAAUGAUAAGAGUACAGUACGGUGGAACCUUGGUUUACGAAUUUUCCAGUAUAUGAAGUCAAUUUCCUUGUAAAAUUUGAUUCUGUGUACUAAGUUUGCCUUGGAACACGAGUGUUUGUUGAUACAGUACAUGUAUGGGUCGCCCAGCAUGUGGGUUCUGCUGGGCACGGGGCGAGGGCACGUUCAGUUUACCCCUAAUGACCGCCAUCACCGCCUAGUGAUGACUGUGCUUAAAUUCUCUGUGAAGAAUUUCAUUGUUUUUCUGCUUUUUUGGUUUCUGAACAUAAAAGUCCUUAUUAUAUAUCAUGCCAUGGGUUCCAAGAAAGUCAGUGGUAAAGUUUAACCUAAGAAAAUAGUUGAGGGUGACAAUAGAGGAAAAACAGAGAUCAUUCGUAAACAUGGAGAUGGUAUGUGGGUUGUUGAUCUAGCUAGGCAGUACAACAAAUCUAUAUAUCAACGAUAUGCACCUUAAUUGCUAAGAAAAAGGACAUUAUGAGUGCUAAAGUGGCAAAAGGCGUAACAACAAUCACGAAACAAAGAACACAAACACUUGAAGAUGUUGAAAAGUUAUUAUUAAUUUGAAUAAAUGACAAGCAGUUAGCAGAUAAAGCUGAGGCAGGCUGUUGCAUUAACUUUUUGAAUGACAAUGUGAUGUCUCACUACAGACAAGUGUUAAAACUUAGGGAAAAACAAGUGUCUAUAGACAGAUUCUUAGUAAGACAAACAAGCACUCCAGAAAUGUCAUCACUGCCUGAUGUUAUAGUG